AUUCACUAUUAUUCACCUUUCAGCCUUCGUCAGCUCCACCUGUUCGAGGUCUAUCCUACGCCUCCUCUUUUGCCGAUCCAAAUAUCCGACCCUUCAACGUUGAAGUUCGAAAAUGUCGGGAAUACAAAAGUUACCAGACGAGCUACAGCUUGCGACAGCAGCCCACGUAAAGUACAUACAGAGCUUAGAUACGAAGAAGGAUGAAUAUGAGUACUGGCUUACCGAACAUCUUCGCCUGAACGGACUCUAUUGGGGGCUUACCGCACUACAUUUGCUCCGACACCCCGACGCCCUGCCUCGAGACGAAGCCAUAGAUUUCGUUCUCUCUUGUCAACACGAGACCGGCGGAUUUGGUGCUGCGCCCGGCCAUGACGCACACAUGCUCUACACAGUCAGCGCCGUGCAGAUCCUUGUUCUACUCGACGCCUUGGACGAGUUAGAGAAGCGUGGCAAGGGUGACGGCAAAGCUCAAGUGGGCAAGUUCAUAGCGAAUCUCCAAAACCGGGAAACCGGCGUAUUUGCGGGCGACGAAUGGGGAGAAGAAGACACGCGAUUUCUAUAUGGCGGGCUAAAUGCUCUCUCCCUCCUAGGUCUACUGGACAUUGUCGACGUGAAUAAAGCUGUCGAUUACGUUGCGGCGUGCGCCAAUUUUGACGGUGGAUAUGGCGUUAGCCCCGGCGCCGAGAGCCACUCCGGCCAGAUCUUCACAUGCGUGGCUGCUCUCGCUAUUGCCGGCCGCAAAGACUUGAUCGAUAUUGACAAGCUAGGCAGCUGGCUCAGCGAGAGGCAAGUUGCCCGCGGCGGCUUCAACGGGAGACCAGAGAAGCAUGAAGAUGUAUGCUACAACUGGUGGGUACUGGGCAGCCUAUCAAUCAUUGACCGCGCGCAUUGGGUCGAUAGGGAGAAACUUAUCAAGUUUACCCUUAGCUGCCAAGAUACUGAAAAGGGUGGUCUGUCAGACCGUCCCGGUAAUAUGGUUGACAUCUGGCACACUUUCUUCGGCCUGACAGGCUUAAGCUUGCUGGAGUAUCCCGGUGUGGAAUACAUUGAUCCCGUGUAUGCUCUACCGAAAUCUACGAUAGAUCGUGUAUUUGGUAGGGCAGGUUAACUGCGCAACAGUUCCUGGAAAACGUCUGUCCGAUUCAUCUAUGUCGAGUCUUAUGCAAUGUUGAUAGAAUCGAGAAGACAACGUCGUUAUAAGGUGACUAUGAGUGCAUUCAUGGAAUUCAACAUCAAAAUUGAUACCUAUAUUUACCAUCUCUUGCAAUAAGCAACCUACUAGCUUGUUCUAAAUGAUAGUUAGGAUACAAGGCAAGAGUAGAUAGACUUCAGAUGUUUUCCCCCUUUGUUCGUAUUUCAUUACGUCAUACGGGCUUUGGGAUCACAUUUGUACAUUCCAUUCACUGCUUUUUAGAUCCAAUUUGAUAGGUAAUCUUCAAGUCGCUCGACUAUCAAAAAGAAACCAAGUAGAG